AUGGCAAAGUUCCAGCCUCUUACUGUAGAUGCGGAAAAGUUGGAGAGACUGCUGUUCCAACAAGGACUUUGGGUAUUAAGCUCUUUCUCCCUCUUUCAGCUUCAGACUCUGAUCCAGGAGGUGGACCCUGUGGCUGAUUAUCGCAUUGACCGAGCUUUGAAUGAAGCCUGUGAGUCAGUGAUACAAACAGCCUGCAAGCACAUCCGUGCUGGAGACCCCAUGAUUCUUUCUUGCCUUAUGGAGCACUUGUACACAGAGAAGAUGGUGGAGGAUUGUGAACACCGGCUCUUGGAGCUUCAAUACUUUAUUUCACGGGAUUGGAAGUUGGACUCUGUCCUCUACCGCAAGUGCCAAGGAGACGCAUCUCGACUUUGUCACACACAUGGCUGGAAUGAAACAAGCGAGAUUAUUCCUCCUGGAGCAAUCUUCUCUUGCCUAUACAGACAUGCUUAUCGCACAGAAGAGCAGGGAAGAAGGUUAUCCCGGGAAUGCAGAGCGGAAGUACAAAGAAUUCUGCAUCAGCGUGCUUUGGAUGUGAAACUAGAUCCAGCUCUCCAAGACAAGUGCAUGAUAGAUUUGGGGAAGUGGUGCAGUGAGAAAACAGAGACUGGACAGGAACUUGAAUGUCUACAGGACCAUCUGGAUGACCUGGUAACUGAUUGCAGAGACAUUGUUGGAAACCUUACAGAGCUGGAAUCUGAGGAUAUCCAGAUAGAAGCCUUGUUGAUGCGAGCAUGUGAGCCCAUCAUCCAGACCUUCUGCCACGAAAUGGCAGACAACCAAAUUGACUCAGGAGACCUCAUGGAUUGUCUCAUUCAGAAUAAGCAUCAGAAGGAGAUGAAUGAAAAGUGUGCAAUCGGAGUUACACACUUCCAGCUAAUUCAAAUGAAGGAUUUCAGGUUCUCCUACAAAUUUAAAAUGGCCUGCAAGGAAGAUGUGUUGAAGUUGUGUCCCAAUAUCAAGAAGAAGGUGGAUGUGGUGAUCUGCCUGAGUACCACGGUGCGCAAUGACACCCUGCAGGAUGCCAAAGAGCACAGGGUCUCCGUGAAAUGCCGCAAACAGCUACGUGUGGAGGAGUUGGAAAUGACUGAGGAUAUCCGUCUGGAACCAGAUCUUCAUGAAGCAUGUAAACCUGACAUCAAGAACUACUGCCAGAAUGUUCCCUAUGGCAAUGCCCAGAUAAUUGAGUGUUUGAAGGAAAACAAGAAGCAGCUAAGCAGCCGCUGCCAUCAAAAAGUCUUCAAACUCCAAGAGACAGAGAUGAUGGACCCAGAACUGGAUUAUACCCUCAUGCGAGUCUGCAAACAGAUGAUCAAGAGGUUCUGCCCAGAAGCAGAUGCGAAGAACAUGCUGCAGUGUUUGAAACAGAACAAAAACAGCGAGGUGAUGGAUCCCAAAUGCAAGCAAAUGAUCACAAAGCGCCAGAUUACCCAGAACACAGAUUACCGUCUGAAUCCAGUGCUCAGGAAGGCAUGCAAAGCAGACAUCCCCAAAUUCUGCCAGAACAUUCUGAGUAAAGCCAAGGACGACUCAGAGCUGGAAGGGCAGGUCAUAUCCUGCCUGAAACUGAAAUAUGCAGACCAGCGUCUUUCUUCAGACUGUGAAGAUCAAAUUCGAGUGAUUAUUGAGGAAUCUGCUCUGGAUUACCGGUUAGAUCCUCAGUUGCAAAUGCACUGCUCAGAUGAGAUUUUUAGCUUGUGUGCAGAAGAGGCUGCAGCCCAGGAGCAGACAGGGCAAGUGGAAGAGUGUCUGAAAGUGAAUUUGCUCAAAAUUAAAACAGAGAUGUGCAAAAAGGAGGUGCUGAACAUGCUGAAGGAAAGCAAGGCCGAUAUCUUUGUGGAUCCUGUCCUUCACACAGCCUGUGCCCUUGACAUCAAGCACCAUUGUGCUGCCAUUCCUCCAGGAAGAGGCCGGCAGAUGUCCUGCCUUAUGGAGGCCCUGGAGGACAAGCGGGUACGGUUACAGCCAGAAUGCAAAAAACGCCUUAAUGACCGAAUCGAAAUGUGGAGCUUUGCUGCAAAGGUUGCCCCCGCAGAAGGCUUUUCUGAUCUUGCCAUGCAAGUGGUGACAUCUCCAUCCAAGAACUACAUCCUUUCGGUGAUCAGUGCAGGCAUCUGUGUCCUGUUCCUGAUUGGUCUGAUGUGUGGGCGUAUCACUAAGCGAGUGACACGAGAACUGAAGGACAGAUUGUCCAAGAGUGAUAUGUUUCGGAUUUGAAACGAACACCAUGCAUGCACAGAAAAACUUGGAAUGGCAUAGCAGGGUUAUGUUCAGUGCCCUUCUUGCAGCUUUGAAAAGCAGCCAUUGGAGAGACAGUAAAUGAUAAAAAACAACAAAUGUUGGCUGACCUUGGUUCUUUUUAAAAAUGUAAUAUUAAGAUGAUUUUUUUGUAAAUUGUUUUUCUUAUCUAUGUACAAAUUCUUGGCCAUUCUUUGUUUUUACAUGUUCAUGCUGUGUAAUUUUGAAUUGUUAACUGAAAUACUGAACAUAAUGUGCAUUUUUCUGUACAGAUGAAAUGGGAGAAUUUAAUAAAAAAGUCUGC